UGGUACCAUCUCACAUCCGGAAGAAAUAAUGUGAUGUUUUUCUUCAGAAAUAUUUGAUAUUAGGCACAUCUUCCAACCACAUUCAAGGUGUUACCAUGUGCUGAAGUGUGUCGACCAGGGCAUGUGAUGCUGGUCACCCGAUGCUGUCACUACACAGUAUCUCACACGAUGGGUCGGUGUUCGCUCCGCAGACUGGUCGUGAUCAUCGCGACCCUGUCUGUCAUGGCGACCAUCACAUUUUUCAUAUAUUCCCUCAGUCUGGAUUCCCCCAGUUUUCCAGGUGUGAAGCAAGGUCAGAUGGUGAAGUUGCGAGCUCGGCAGCGGCAGUCAGAGGAAGGCAUGACGUCCUUGAUGGAGGAACCAGAUUCAAACACUGCCAAUAAAGCACUUCUAUUCCAGCAUGCUCAAGAAAGCAAUGAUGGAGGUGUUCACGGUAUAAGAAACAAAAAUCUUGAUGUAAAAAUUUUGAACAGCAAUGUUGUGCGAGAGAAAACUCCUUCCAAGGGGAAGAAAUCCAACCUGGUGGAGAAGAUGUCGUGGCCAGACAAGAGGAAGGGAGACAAGGGGAGACAAGUUGCUAAAGUCCACAAUUCCAAGCAUAGAUCUCAGAGACUGGAUGAGUUCAUGGGGGUGACAGAUCCUCUUGUCGUGCCACGGAUAGCAGAGUAUUGUAACCAACCUGUGAGGGAAGUCCGGGGACGUGAGGGUGAAGCUCCUCCUGGCUACUCCCUCAAGUCGGUGUAUCUCAUUGUACGGCACGGAGACCGAUCCCCAAUGGGAAGCUUCAAAAACUCACCAAAUCCCGUUCUCAGCUGCCAGCAUGAUUCAUCCAAAAAAUUUGACAUCCCCAAUUUUGACAAAUUUGUCUCAACAAUGCAGUAUUACCAAACUCGUCUCCAUCCCGGAAACACCUUUCCUUUCCAUCUGUACCCUCGCUCACAAACAUGUGAUAGCUCAGAACUCACCGGACAGGGCUCCUUACAGCAUCUGCUAACUGGCUGGCACCUUCAUGAGCGAUAUGUCCAAAAAUGGCGGCUGUUCUCAGAACCCUUCAGCCCAAGCCAGGUGUAUGUAAAAAGCACUGGCUAUAGUCGAACAUACCAAAGCGCAAUAGCUCUUCUCUACACAUUCCUCCCUGCUUUAAAUUUGACUGAUUUGAACAUCUUUCGGUCUGAUAAUUUGUUUUUCUGUUCAGAGAAAUCGUUUGGACAUUCCUGUUCAUGUCCUGUGCUGAGACAAUACAAGAAAAUGAGUGACGGAGAGGCGGGAGCGUAUGAUAGGAAUAACACAGAUUUAAAACGGGUUCGACAAUAUAUCGCUAAUGUUUAUAAUAUAAAGAGACAGGAGUUGCCAUGGCUAUGGUCAAUGAUAGACACCCUCAUGGCAUAUGCUUGUCAUAAGAUUCCUCUCCCUUGCAACAAGAAUAAUGACUGCAUAGAACCCUCGUAUCUAGCAGAGUUGUGGCAUCAGCUUGAUUUGCAUGGUGCCAAACUAGAUGAAUUAAAUUCAUAUCAAAAGUAUGCUCGUCUGGGUAUUCAUCCAUUGCUGUAUGAGAUUAAACAACAUAUGGUUCUCACCACAAAGAAGAAGGCAAAGGUCAAGUUUGUUCUCUACUCUGGCCACGACACAACGGUCAGUCCUUUGGCCACUGCCUUAGGAAUUGGACAUGGGCGAUGGCCAAAGUAUGCAACGAGAAUCGCAUUUGAGUUGUAUUCAAGAGAAGAGCCGAAAAAACACCACUUUCUGCGUAUUUUGAUAAACGGUGAAGAUGUUACGGCCAAGGUCAGCUUCUGCAAGGGCCAGGCAAAGAGUGGAUUCUGUAAAUUGAAAUAUUUUGUUGAGUUUGUUCAGAAGGAGAAUUUAUCCUUAUUCAACGGUAAAACAUAUCCUCAGGCCUGUGAGCCGACGACAACAAAUUAAGCUGUUUAAAAGUAGAUCAUAUGGCAGUUUCCAGAUGUCUAUUAGUGCUGUGAAUUAAUCAUUAUAUUCACCGACAUUGAAAAGACAUUUUGUUCUUGCUAUACAGGCGAUGUAUUUUGUUAAUCAAGAAUUACUGUGAUUGUUUUUGAAGUGAUUGCAAGGAAAUCUGUCCUGGGUGAUAACACCCGCUAUUCUUAUGAGCUUUAGCAUUUCAUGCUUAUAUCAUGUGGGUGUUUUGUUGUCAGUAAGACUCUUUUGAAAACUCUGAAACCACACUGUCCAUGAUGCUGAAAUACUGAUCCGAGCAGAGAUGUUUAAAAGAGCUCAGUGAGACUUCAAUUUGCCCUUCAAUUUGCCUCAUUACUUUCAGCAUGCAUUGUUUUAUGUGGACAUAAUUUAAGACCAGGCAUUACAUUUUAUAUGAAUAUUUAUUAUUCUACAUAUAAGGUGAACUUUUACCUAAUUCUUGUGUAAUCAUAAAACUAAGUAGCUUUAGAGUGUAACCUUGUCAUCUAGAAACUUUUUCCUGAAUAUACUGACUCAUCUGGAUAACCGGACAAAAAGGUAUGUUUUACAUACUAUGCAUAUUAUGAAUUUUUACAGUUAGGUGAAUUGAUACCAUAACAAGCUGCUACAUGUCAGAAAUAAUUAGUCAUGCUAAGUAUUACAUAGAGGAUAUUUCAUAGUAGUUGACACAAACACUGUUUAUCAUCAAGUAGUGUUAUUAUUCUUUUUUAUCAGUGGCAUAAAGCCACACAUGAAAACAAUGAUUGCAACCAUUUUAAAAUAUGAAAUAAACAGUUAUGUGACCUGAAAAUAUAGUUUGAGAAAAGUGUUUCAUAUUGAUAACGACAGUAAUGAGGUAUUUUUUAUCAUUUUAUAUAUUUAUGCUUAAAAAAAAAAAAAAUUCUCUCUUUUUUUAAUUAACGUGUAAAUUUUGGAGAGUUAGCAGCCUAGUAAAUGAAGUUAGGAGCAAGGAGAAAUCAUUGAAGUACAAUCUCGUCACCCCCUCAUCAGUACUACUUGUCUUGUGGUUAAAGCAUUCGCUCGUCACGCUGAAGACCCAGGUUCGAUUCCCCACAUGGGUACAAUGUGUGAAGCCCAUUUCUGGUGACCUCCAUCAUGAUGUUGCUGGAAUAUUGCUAAAAGUGGCGUACAAUUAAACCGAAUCACAAUAAAAACUCAUGAAAAUCGAGGUUAGAGUUGGUCUUCAGCAACCCAUGCUUGUUGUAACCAGCAACUAAUGGGAUCGGGUGGUCAGGCUCGCUCUCUUGGUUAGAAUGAUUAGAUUGAUGCUCUUGAUGGUAAUCACUGGAUUGUAUGGUCAGGACUUGAUUAUUCACAUACUGCUGCCAUAUAGCUUUAAUUCUACUGAGUGCAGCAUUAUACAACAAACAAACAAAAAGUACUUAAACCUCUUGUAUAUGUAUUCAGUCGUUGGUUUUUUUUGUGUGUAUUUGGUGUUUGAUGAGGUUAUGGUAAGGUCAUAUUUUUUAUUUAUUAAAUAUUGAUCAUGUUGAUUUCCAAGCAACAUGCCAUCAGUUUCGAAAGAUGUACAAAUUGUGGCCUUUUUGGUGAUUGGUAUUUUUACAUUGCAGUAAGUUGCAAUUUUUUUCAAGCAUACAUUUGUUUCAAUAAAAGCAUUUGGGUAAGAUUCACUACAGUGAAGGCUAAGAAGGGUUGUUAAGAAUAAGAUUAGUUACUAUGGCUACAUUGGGAGACUAAACUAUGGACUUUGAGAAUGUCUGUUCCAGUUACACUUCAUAUGGGCUGAUUACCUUUUUCUGAAUGGGCAUUUGUAUUAUAUUUGCAAAAGAAAACAAUAUUGAUAACUAAUUUCUUCUUCUGUAGACAAGUCACACAACAAAAUUUUAUGGUGAUUAGGUCAGACCAAUUUUAUUUCUCGUUUUACAGAUUUCUGUCCCCCCAAAAUCUAAAGGCAGGAGGGAAUGAAAAUGAAAAUGAAAAUCACCAGUGAAAGUAAUAUUCCCUUUAAAUACUAAAAGUAUUUUACUUUUGGCAAUAUAAAAAGUGUAUAUGGGGCAAAAAACAAUCUAAAAACAUUUUCUUGCACGUUUUCAUUUUUGGCCAAUAAAAAUAUAUACCGUAAAAACAAUUUUUGAGCGGGAAACUUAAUUUUCAUUUUUUUUCUUAUUCUUGAAAAUAUAUGACCGGCGGAUCCGUAAAACAAUAAAUAAAGUUGGUGUGGCCUUAGUGAUAAAAAAACAACGACACCACAAAUAUGAUUUUAACAAAUCAGUCACAUUUUCGCUUCACUUCAAAUUAAAUUUUGUCAAUUGACACACAAAUUUGAAACAAUUACAUCCUUAACUCUUAUGAGCUAAAUUGAUACUUGAAAACCAAAUGUACUUCAUAAAAUAUGUUAAAUUUGGAUUAACACUUUCUCAAAAAGUGUAGAUUCUAGUACUUUUUUUAGAUUAAGUCCCAUACAAUUUGAAAAACUGUACUAGACUCUGUACUUCACUGAGAAAGUGUGAUCCCAAAUGUAACUUGUUACAUUUGAUCAUUUUCUAGGUGACAAUGUGUUUUCACAAUUGUACUCAGACUGAGAUUGGUGUCUGUUAUUUUUGUCAUUGUUUCUCGUUCUGAUGACUUGUAAGGUGGGAAGAAUGUUUUUGUAUUAUUUAUUUUCUUCACACCAAAUAUUUUAAGACAUCUGUGUUAUAUCUGUGGCUUGAUGUGAUUCGUAUGAAGCUUGACUGUUUGGAGGAUUAUGUGUGUAGUGUUCUCAAGUGUACAAAUGGGCGAUGGGGUAGCCUAGUGGUUAAAGUGUUCGCUGUCACGCUGAAGGCCCGGGUUAGAUUCCCCACAUGGGUACAAUGUUUGAAGCCCAUUUCUGGUGUCCUCCGCCGUGAUAUUGCUGGAAUAUUGCUAACAGCAGGGUAAAACCAUACUCACUCACUCACUCAGCACAAACAAAAUUACAAAGAACAAGUUUUUGUAAUCACUUGGGGAAAAUAAAAUCAUGUGAGACAUACUGGUCGUGAGACUGGGACUGAAAUCUGUGAAUUAAUUUCUGUGACCUUUUAUUUGUGGCUGUUUCUAAAGGAAAAUUGUGAAGUGGGAUUGUUUAUACAUGAAAUUAACGCAGAAGGGUUUGUUGUGAAAUUUGAAGAUAUCAGUAUAUAUAUUGUCCAUUUGUUUCUAAUGACGAAAGAGUGCUGUUAACCCAUUCUAAGUCACCUCUUGCCAAUUGAUGCAGAAUAUGUGGCAUUAUUUUGUGUUAUCAUCAAAACUGUUUUUGUGUAUUCAAAAUAUGUAUUUGCAUUUCGUUUCAGUUUUUCAUAUAACAUGCAUUUAAUUUGUCUGUUUUCACAACAAAACAUACUGAAUGAAUUUGAUCUAUUUGUCCCGUUUCCUCCAAGUUAUUUCCAGUUUGUUUCUGGUUGUAGUGUUUUGUAUUGCGUGUAGUUCAUGUCGGAACUGUAAACGACCAGUGCUCUUUAUGCCAGUUGCAUGUUUUGUUGUACUUGUUUAUUUUUUCACUAUGUAUAUUUUGCAUAUCAUUUUGUGUAUAAAAAUGUUGGAAUUGAGUGAAAAUGUGACAACAUCCUGGAA